ACAGUGCCGACUGUCAGACGGACGACGCGGAAGAAAAGAGAGUUCUGAUGACGGGUGUUUUCGGUACGAGACGAUUGUAUAAAAUUUGUAGUUAGUUUUCAAUGAAUUAUCGAAUGGAGCAUUAUUGAACUUCGUCUGAUAGAAUUACGUCGAGUUACGGGUUAUGAGCGUUGAGAAGUUUAGUGAUUAGACGAAAUCAUCAUUGAGUGAAAGAACGAAAAUGAAAUUUCCCGGAGUGUGGAGCACUGUUCUACUUCAGGCAGCGCUCAUCUUGCUGGUUCAAGAAACUUCUGCUGGCAGGGACUUCUAUCAAAUUUUGGGCAUAAGGAAGUCAGCCAGCAAAAAUGAAAUUAAAAAAGCCUACAGAAAGCUUGCAAAAGAGUUGCAUCCCGAUAAGAACCAGGACGAUCCGAAUGCUUCACAAAAGUUCCAAGAUCUGGGUGCUGCCUACGAGGUGCUGUCCGAUGAGGACAAGCGAAAACUUUACGACCGGUGCGGGGAGGAGUGUGUUAAGAAGGAAGGUAUGAUGGAUAACAGCGAUCCGUUUGCCCAUUUCUUCGGUGAUUUUGGAUUCGGGUUCGGUGGGGGUCAGGAACAGCGCGAAACACCCAAAGGAGCCAACAUAGUGAUGGAUCUCUUCGUGACGCUCGAGGAGUUGUACGUUGGAAACUUUGUGGAAAUCACACGAAACAAACCGGUGAUGAAAUCUGCACAUGGUACGCGAAAAUGUAACUGUCGGCAGGAGAUGGUGACGAGAAACCUGGGCCCUGGACGGUUUCAGAUGAUGCAACAGACCGUGUGCGACGAAUGUCCCAAUGUGAAGCUGGUGAAUGAGGAACGCACGAUUGAGAUUGAAAUUGAGCAAGGAAUGGAAGAUGGUCAGGAGACGAGAUUCUCCGGGGAAGGUGAGCCUCACAUCGAUGGCGAACCAGGAGACCUCAUCUUGAAGAUAAAGACUGUCCCGCACCAGAGGUUCGAGCGAAAGGGAGAUGAUCUGUACACAAAUGUGACGAUUAGUUUACAGGACGCGCUGGUUGGAUUUACUCUCGACAUUGAGCAUUUAGAUGGGCACAAAGUGCCUGUCACUCGUGAGAAAGUGACAUGGCCCGGGGCACGAAUCCGUAAGAAUGGCGAAGGUAUGCCGAACUAUGAAAAUAACAACUUGCGAGGAACGCUGUACAUCACAUUUGACGUGGAAUUCCCAAAGACGCAACUCAGUGAUACCGAAAAAGAAGAUAUUAAAAACCUUCUCAACCAAGCUUCUGUCAAUCGCGUGUAUAAUGGACUCCGAUUUUCUUAACUACACGCUCAAUGGUUGAAACCACAACAAGACUUUAGGAUCAAAGCAUAGAAUUAUUAGAUAAUAUAUGCAACUGAAUAAACCCUUACAGGGUAUUUGAUUUGAAUAAUAUACCCGUAUUUAUUGUGUUGCUUGUUGCUUUUUGUGAGCGGCAAAUAGCAUCCUUUUGUGGAGGCUUCUGACUCUAAAUCCAUUGGGGUUCAGUUAUGGUUACCCGUACGGAAUGAAGCAUUUCACAUACAUCCCCGUACUGGACCGCGUUUUUCUUUAGAAAUCAAUUAAAUUCGUCAUAUUUUUUGUGAUGCAUACGUUGUGUGUAAAUAUCUGUUGUAGAUUAAACAAGUGAUAUAAAAUAAAUAAAAUAUUCAAAUUCGAA